GGUGGAUCCGCGCUGCCGUUUUGUUUCACUGACACGCUCACUAUUACAUCGGAGAAUGCUGCGAGUAAGGUGUCUGAGAGGAGGUAGCAGGGGGGCCGAGGCUGCCCAUCUGAUCGGAGCCAUGGUCAGCCGGGCGGUCACUGGAUGGGUGCAGAAGGCUUUCCAGAGCUCUUCGAGUGCAGCAGCUGCACAGCCAAAGUGUGCAGUUGAAGAGGAACAUAUCACUGAGCCCAUCCAUCAGGAAAGUCCUGUAUGCAGCUACAAUGAAUGGGACCCUCUGGAGGAGGUGAUUGUGGGUCGUGCUGAAAAUGCCCAUGUCCCUCCAUUCACUGUGGAAGUAAAAGCUAACACUUAUGAGAAGUACUGGCCCUUCUAUGAGAAGUUUGGGGGACAGUUGUUUCCUGCGGACCACUUAAAAAAAGCAGUUGCUGAGAUUGAAGAAAUGUGUAAUAUUCUGCAUCAUGAGGGUGUCAUUGUGAGGAGGCCAGAACCCAUCGACUGGUCCCAAGAGUACAAAACCCCAGAUUUCACUUCAACAGGCUUGUAUGCUGCCAUGCCCAGAGACAUCCUUUUAGUGGUGGGAAAUGAGAUUAUAGAAGCACCCAUGGCCUGGAGGGCACGUUUCUUUGAGUACCGCGCCUAUAGACCUUUGAUAAAGGAGUACUUCAGAAAAGGUGCUAAAUGGACCACUGCUCCCAAACCCACUAUGGCUGAUGAGUUGUAUGAUCAGGACUACCCCAUCCGCACCGUGGAGGACAGACACAAACUGGCUGCCCAGGGGAAGUUUGUGACCACAGAACACGAGCCCUGUUUUGAUGCUGCUGAUUUUAUUCGAGCUGGGAGGGACCUGUUUGUCCAGAGGAGCCAGGUUACAAAUUACAUGGGAAUUGAGUGGAUGCGUCGUCAUCUGGCCCCAGACUACAAGAUCCAUAUAAUCUCAUUCAAAGACCCUAACCCCAUGCAUAUUGAUGCUACUUUCAAUAUUAUUGGGCCAGGACUGGUGCUGUCAAACCCCGAUCGGCCAUGUCGCCAGAUUGACAUGUUUAAGAAGGCUGGUUGGACUGUUGUGAAACCUCCAAUGCCUCUGAUGCCUGAUGACCACCCACUGUGGAUGUCCUCCAAAUGGCUGUCCAUGAAUGUCUUGAUGCUGGAUGAGAAGCGUGUCAUGGUUGAGGCCAAUGAAACCACCAUUCAAAAAAUGUUUGAGAGCCUCGGUAUUAUGCCCAUAAAGGUGAACAUUCGCCAUGCCAACUCCCUGGGUGGUGGCUUCCACUGCUGGACGACCGAUGUCCGCCGCCGUGGUACCCUGCAGUCCUACUUCGACUAGCCUUGCCAGAAAUAGGCAGUUUUUAUUGAGCUUUAAAGAUUAAAGCCUUAUUCUGGAAUCUUAAUUCCACUGUAGCUCUAAAAUGUGUUGUCACAACAAAAUGCCUCAGUUUCUAAAAUUCAAACCUUAUUUUAAAAGGAAUGUACCCUUAAAAGUUUUGCGUUUGGGUGUCGCCUACUGAAACGCAAAGUUGAACCAUCCAUUAUCUAUACCACUUAUCCUGAAGAGGGUCACAGGGGUCUGGC